GUCCUUUGUUUCUGUUUGUAUCUGGGUGAACACAUAAUUAUUUUUCAAUGGCGAAAAAGACGUACGACUUGCUGUUCAAGCUGCUGCUGAUCGGCGACUCGGGUGUGGGGAAGACCUGCGUGCUGUUCCGCUUCUCUGACGACGCCUUCAACACAACCUUCAUCUCUACCAUAGGAAUAGACUUCAAGAUUAAAACUGUUGAAUUACAAGGAAAGAAGAUCAAACUACAGAUUUGGGACACAGCAGGCCAGGAACGGUUCCACACCAUCACCACCUCGUACUACAGAGGGGCUAUGGGCAUCAUGCUGGUCUAUGACAUCACUAACGCCAAGAGCUUCGAAAACAUCAGCAAAUGGCUGCGCAACAUUGAUGAGCAUGCAAAUGAAGAUGUUGAGAGAAUGCUGCUAGGCAACAAGUGUGACAUGGAGGACAAGAGGGUUGUACCGAAAGCCAAGGGAGAGCAGAUUGCAAGGGAGCAUGGCAUUAGGUUUUUUGAGACGAGUGCUAAGGCCAACAUCAACAUCGAGAAGGCUUUCCUCACGUUAGCAGAAGACAUCCUCAGAAAGACGCCUGUAAAAGAGCCCAACAGUGAAAAUGUGGACAUCAGCAGUGGAGGUGGAGUGACAGGCUGGAAGAGCAAGUGCUGCAGCUGAACAACAACAACUCAGUUUCACCCACACUAACACACACACACACCUUCUCUCUCUCUCUCUCUCUCUCUCUCACACACACACACACAGUCUCUCUUUAACUGCUAACUCUAACCGUCUCGCCCUCUUAACCUGUCUCAUGAGUUUUCUCUCACACUGACACUUUGUCUCGUUAUCAGAAUAAAACAAUAAACCACUUCACUCGUCGAAGCGACGCCCCACCCACCCCGUUCUUCUCCCUUAUGUUCCUCCACCGUGCAUCUGAUGAUCGUUUUUAUUUCUGAUAAAAGGAGAAAUCCA